UUUUGUUUAUAUUUACCAGCAAAUUUAAGUAUUUGAUUCAUUGUAAAAUACUGAUAUAUCGGAGUAUGGGAGACUACAAUCAACUUCGUCAAUAUGUGCAUCAGUUGAUGAACACCAAUGGAUAUACUCAUAUUCCAGAAGCUUCUAGUGAUGCUGCCAAUGUAAUAAGACAUUAUCCAGACCUUAAACCAAAAGAUGAAAUGUUCACAUUUAACAAUGGUUCAAGAAGAAAAUUAGUUCAUCUUGUUGGCACUAUUCCUGUUAGGUAUCGAGGUGCAAGUUAUAAUAUCCCUGUGGGUAUAUAUUUGAUGAACACCCAUCCACAUGCAGCUCCACUCUGUUUUGUAAAACCAACUCCCACCAUGCAAGUUAAACCAGGAAAGCAUGUUGACAUGAACGGGAGAGUAUAUUUACCGUAUUUGAAUGAAUGGAGACCAGGACAACAUGAUCUAACUGGCUUGGUACAGGUCAUGACAAUUGUGUUCGGAGAAGAACCACCUGUUGUCUCUCGGCCAACUCAAGCACCUCCUCAGAGAGCUCCAUAUCCUGGUGUUAAUCCGCCAUACCCACAACCCGGUCCUGGAUAUCCACCUCGUGGUCCACCCUCUACUACGUACCAGCCUGCUAAUCCACCUUAUCCAAUGGGAACAUCACACCCUCCCUAUCCAACCAACGCAAAUUCAGCUUAUCCACCUCACAAUGCAACCCCAUACCCUUCUUACCCAAAUGCUAUGUACCCACCUGGCCCCGCUCAACCUCCACCCGGACAAAAUACCCCUUAUCCUGCUAAUCCAGUUACUAAUAAACAAAGUCAAUUAUCAGAUGAUAUGGUGAAAGCUUCACUAAAAUCUGCAGUCAAUGAUAAGUUGAAAAGAAGAAUGCGUGAAGCACAUUCACAGGCAGAAUCUGAAAUGUCUUCCUUAAAACAAACCGAAAAGGAAUUGAAAGAUGGGCAAGUAAAAAUUCAAAGUAUUAUAGAGAAGCUUGAGUCUGAAACAGCACAGGUAGAUCGUAAUAUAAUGAUACUGGAGUCAAAAAAUAAAGAGAUUGAAGAAAAAAUUGAAGCGAUGCAGAACAAGCAAGAUGAACUAGAUGUAGAUGAAGUCGUUUUGCCAACAACUCCACUCUAUAAGCAAAUCUUGGAAUCUUUCGCAGAAGAACAAGCUCUAGAAGACACAAUAUAUUAUCUUGGUGAAGGCUUGAGAAAAGGUUCUGUUGAUUUGGAUGCUUUCCUUAAACAUGUAAGAGCACUUUCACGGCAACAAUUCACCCUUCGGGCCACUAUUAAAAAAGCUAGAACAACUGCUGGUCUUGCGGUUGUGUGAAUCUUCAAUAUAACUUCUAAAUUGUAUAAUAGUAAUUAUUUAAUAAUGGAGUGAAACUAAUAACUCUUAAAUAUAAAGUAGUUUUAAUCUGUACAAUUUUGAAUGUUGUCCUGUUUGGAUACUGUUUCUAAAACAUGUUCACUUAGAAUGUGUAGGAAAGUGCUUUUUUGCCAUGAUUUUUUGAACGCGAUCAUCACUUCAGUGGUGCAACUGUGCACAAUUAAUGUGCAUCUUGCUACAAAUGCCUCCAUCAUAAGUAUUGUCUUGUAACUGCCAAAAUCAUCAGCUCAACUAUACAAUGCAGUCAAUUCAUGUGACAAUCUAUUAGAAAUCAUUUUGAAGACUUGUGUUAGUAAUUCAGCAACUUUCAGCAGUACUUCUCAGAUCUAGCUAUGAAAAUGGCAAUUACUAUGGUGUGCAACGCACAUUAGGCGACUGAAAUUGAAUCGGCUUCAACCAAGAAACUGAUCCAAUGCAAAAGCUUUGCCGUCUGUGUAAUAUCUUGAUGGCAAAUUAAUGACCACAGCGUUCGAUUUCCAUAAGAGUCUGUAGCGUGAUAACUGGAAUUAACAGUGCAAACUUUGAAAUUUCAGGAUCUUGUUUUGAUGUUUUAUUACAUAACCUAUUGGUCUUCAUUAUUUCCUUCCUAUACCAAAACUCAUUAAUAUAAUUAUCAUUCUUUGGUGUUGCGCUACAAUUUUCGAUUUAAAAGCUGUUGACUUGGCAAACUGGUUGCUGAAUGAAGUAUAAGCCAUUUUUAUGUAAUUAACUUAGAGUCAAAUAAUUAGAAAGUUUACGUGUGUUUAUUACUUUUAUUUACCUAAUAAACUUUGUCAAUAAUGCAAUAAAUGAGAGUUGUAACAGA